AUGCAAUUCUCCAACUUGAUGAUUGUCUUCUUAAGCGUUGCCCUCCAGUUAGUCGCUGGCAAAGAUGCCCCAUACAUUUUCAGUUGCGACAAACUCACCAAGGACGGCAAGCCAGUGCCACAAGCCAUCUGUGGUAUCAUGAUCCCGGACCCGAAAAACCCUGUCCCCUCGCAAUUCUCUUUGGUCCAAGCUAAAAUGAAAUUAGACUCCAAGGGGGGUUACGCCAAGAACAAUCUCUGUGAAGACAGCGGAAGGGUCUCCUUGUGUUGUUUCGAGAACACAGCAACCUUCGACAAGUCACACACCAAUACUACGCGUCCUCUCAAAUUAGUCGAAAAGCAAUGCGUUGCGCCCAGUCCUAUCGCAAAGCGUAACACUGUUACCCUUUGA